AUGGGGCAGGAUGCUUUCAUGGAGCCCUUCAGCCGUACUGUUGGGGUCUUUCAGUGCAAAAUAUACCUCCUUCUCUUAGAUAAUGUGUCAAACCAUUGGCUUCACUUCAUUUUAAAUUACCUAUCUUAUGAAAUAUGGAAAAAAGGCGUUUGCUCGGGGCUGAAGGUGGUGGUGCCAUCAUACACUGUCCAUGGUAUCAGGGGUCAGGCCCUCUACCUCCCUGUGCACUAUGGAUUCCACACUCCGGCAUCAGACAUCCAGAUCAUAUGGCUGUUUGAGAGACACCACACGAUGCCCAAAUACUUACUGGGCUCUGUGAACAAGUCUGUGGUUCCCGACUUGGAAUACCAACACAAGUUCACCAUGAUGCCACCCAAUGCAUCUCUGCUCAUCAACCCACUGCAGUUCACCGAUGAAGGCAAUUACAUUGUGAAGGUCAACAUUCAAGGAAAUGGAACUCUCUCAGCUAGUCAGAAGAUACAAGUCACUGUUGAUGACCCUGUCACAAAACCCAUGGUACAGAUUCAGCCUUCCUCUGGGGCUGUGGAGUACGUAGGGAACAUGACGCUGACAUGCCUGGUGGAAGAAGGUACCCGGCUGGCUUACCGGUGGCUAAAAAAUGGGAGACCUGUCCAUACCAGCUCCACCAACUCCUUUUCUCCCCAAAACAACAUUCUUCAUAUUGCUCCAGUGACCAAAGAAGACAUUGGGAAUUACAGUUGCCUGGUGAAGAAUCCUGUCAGUGAGAUGGAAAGUGACAUCAUUAUGCCCACCAUAUAUUAUGGACCUUAUGGACUUCGAGUUAAUUCUGAUAAAGGACUAAAAGUAGGGGAAGUGUUUACUGUUGACAUUGGAGAAGCCAUCUUGUUUGAUUGUUCUGCUGAUUCUUAUCCUCCUAACACCUACUCCUGGAUCCAAAGGACUGACAACACAACAUAUGUCAUUAAGCAUGGGCCUCUCUUGGAAGUUGCAUCUGAGGAAGUAGCCCAGAAGACAACUGACUAUGUGUGCUGUGCUUACAACAACGUAACUGGAAGGCAAGAUGAAACUCAUUUCACAGUCAUCAUCACUUCUGUAGGACUAGAGAAGCUUGCACAAAAAGGGAAGUCAUUGUCCCCUUUAGCAAGUAUAACUGGAAUAUCACUCUUUUUGAUUAUAUCCAUGUGUCUUCUUCUCUUAUGGAAAAAAUAUCAACCCUACAAAGUUAUAAAACAGAAGCUAGAAGGCAGGCCAGAAACAGUAUACAGAAAAGCAGGAACAUUUUCAGGCCAUGAAGAUGCUCUGGAUGACUUCGGAAUAUACGAAUUUGUUGCUUUCCCAGAUGCUUCUGGUGUUCCCAGGAUGCCCAGUAGGUCUGUUCCAGCCUCUGAUGGUGUAUCAGGGCAAGAUUUGCACAAUACAAUUUAUGAAGUUAUUCAGCACAUCCCUGCCCUACAGCAAGACCAUCCAGAGUAA